AAACCAAUGACCAGUGGCUCUCAGUACGAAAACGAGAUCCGUUAAAUUCGGUUAAAAUAAUAAUGAAGUUCGCUAUUGCCCUGUGCCUGCUGUUGGCCACCAGUGGUUUUGCCCUGGUGCCCAAGCAUUCCGACGACCUGAUUUCCAUGCUGACCCGCCAGCAGUUCGCCGUGCGCGCUUUGAUGGCUGCUCCCGAAGCUCGGGACGAUUCCACCCUGAUCUCCGACUGCUUCAACCACUAUCUGGAGGAGCAGACCAAUGUGAUCAUGGGCUACAACCAGCAGUACACCGGAUGCCUGAGGACCGCCCAGAUGGGCCGGGAUGAGCUCACCAACGAGAGUGCCUCGGAACGAGAGGCCCUCCUGGAUCGCACCAACUCCAUGUGCUCCAGACUGACGCAGUGCGACGAACUCGUGGAUGGCCUGAAGUUCUUCGACUGCUACCGCAAUGCCUCCUCUGACAGCUACAAGGUGAUGUUUACCCUGAACAGUGAUUCCAGCCUGGAUUUCAACCGUAUCAGCGCCAAAUACAGCGUGAUCGAGACCGAUCUUACCGCCUGUGUGGAUAUGGCUCGUGUGGAUUAUGCCCACGACAUGGACAGCUGUGAUGAGAGUCUAACUGUCUGUCUGAACGGAGGCGAGUCUCCGAGCACAGAUGAUCCCACCACCCCUGUUCCCACUACCGCUGCUCCCACCACCGCUGCUCCCACCACCGCUGCCCCCACCACUGCCGCUCCCACAACAGCUGCUCCCACCACAGCUGCUCCCACCACAGCGGCUCCCACCACAGCUGCUCCCACCACAGCUGCUCCCACCACAGCUGCUCCCACCACAGCUGCUCCCACCACAUCUGUUCCCACAACAGCUGCUCCCACCACAGCUGCUCCAACCACAGCUGCUCCCACCACAGCUGCUCCUACCACAGCUGCUCCCACCACAGCUGCUCCCACUACACCUGAUCCCACCACAGCUGCUCCCACCACAGCUGCUCCCACCACAGCUGCUCCCACCACAGCUGCUCCCAACACAGCUGCUCCAACCACAGCUGCUCCUACCACAGCUGCUCCCACCACAGCUGCUCCCACUACAGCUGCUCCCACCACAGCUGCUCCCACCACAGCUGCUCCCACCACAGCUGCUCCCACCACAGCUGCUCCCACAACAGCUGCUCCCACCACAGCUGCACCCACCACAGCUGCUCCCACCACAGCUGCUCCCACUACAGCUGUUCCCACCACAGCUGCUCCUACCACAGCUGCUCCCAUUACAGCUGUUCCCACAACAGCUGCUCCCACCACAGCUGCUCCCACCACAGCUGCUCCCACCACAGCUGCUCCCACCACAGCUGCUCCCACCACAGCUGGUUCAACCACAGCUGCUCCCACCACAGCUGCUCCUACCACAGCUGCUCCCACCACAGCUGCUCCCACCACAGCUGUUCCCACCACAGCUGCUCCUACCACAGCUGCUCCCACCACCGAGCGGCCACCAGAGGAGGACAUCAACAGAUCUAUUCCCUUGGCCCGGAGGGGAGUUUUGAACCUAAUGAAGCGCUUCUUCUAAUCGUGAGAGCUUAUAAAUUAUUUAUUGCAUUCACUUGAAGAUUUAAAGUGCCGUAAAAUGCCCAAUAAAAGCGGUUGCGUAAAUAGCGUAGAA